AUGUUCUACUGUUGGUGGGACCGGCAUCCUAUCUGGACCACUCUGGCUACUGUUCUUGCGAUCUUUGUACUAUUUCGAGUCUUCGGGACAGUGAGACGAUACCACCGCCUCCGGCACUUUAAAGGUCCACCCCUGGCAGCUGUGUCGAAGUUAUGGCUCCUCAAGACCGUGACGGGAUCUCGGGGUGACCUCGACUUCUACAAAGUGACCAAGAGAUAUGGGUCCCUCGCGCGCAUCGGUCCCAAUGAUCUCCUCAACGACGAUCCUGCACUCAUGAGACACAUGCUCGGCGUGCGGAGCGCGUACCGGCGCUCAGACUGGUAUGAUGGCAUGCGCUUCAACCCGUCUAGGGACAACGUCCUCUCGUGCAGAGAUGAGGAUGAGCAUACCAAGCUACGGUCAAAAAUGGCCGCCGGUUACUCUGGCCGCGAGGUCCAGGCCUUUGAGAAAAAGAUUGACGGGAACCUCUUCCGGCUAAUCAAGCUCAUCGACAGCUACGUCGACGCCGGGAGACCAUUCGAUUUUGGACGAAAGGCACAGUUCUUCACGCUGGACGUCAUUUCUGACCUCGCGUUCGGGGAGCCGUUCGGGUUUGUGGGAUCUGAUUCGGAUAUGUACGAGUAUAUCAAGACGACGGAGGAUAAUCUGCCCGUCUUCAUGGCUAUGACUGUAUUACCUUGGGUCAUCAGGUUGUUUCGAUACCCUUUUCUUAGGUCGAUGUUGCCCACGGAGAAGGAUCCGCUGGGUUUCGGGAAGGUGAUGGGAAUAGCCAAAAAGUUCUCCGCCGAGCGGUUUGGUUCUGGUGGAAAAGUCCAGAGGGAUAUGUUGGGUUCCUUCGUCGCCCACGGUCUCACGCACGAAGAGGCUGAAUCCGAGAUCCUGCUCCAGAUCAUCGCCGGCUCCGACACAACAGCAACAGCAAUCCGCGCGACGCUCCUCUACAUCAUCACAAACCCCCGCGUCCACAACAAACUCGUCGCAGAGAUCCUAUCUGCCACCACCGCAGACGCUUACACCACUGAAACAGCCACCCGCAACCGUCUCAUCAUCACCGACGCGGAAGCCCGCAAUCUGCCCUACCUCCAAGCCGUCAUCAAAGAAGGGCUGCGCGUCUUCCCGCCCGUGGCGGGUCUGAUGGCCAAGCAGGUGCCACCGGAGGGCGACACGUGGAACGGCGCCUUCAUUCCCGGUGGAACGCGCAUCGGGUGGUCUGCGUGGGCCAUGUUUCGUCGACAAGACGUCUUUGGCGAUGAUGCGGACGAGUUCAGGCCGGAGAGGUGGCUUGCGGGGGAGGGGAAGAGGUUGCGUGAGAUGGAGGCGACGAUUGAGUUGGUGUUUAGUUAUGGGCGGUAUCAGUGCCUCGGACGGCCGGUUGCGUUGAUGGAGUUGAAUAAGGUAUUUUUCGAGCUCCUUUUGCGAUUCGAGCUUACCAUCUGCGACCCGUUGAAUCCGUGGAAGACGUUCAAUUGCGGUAUCCACGCGCAAUCUGAAUAUUGGAUCAGAGCCCGGCGGAGAGUGUAG